UCUAGUUGUUAAAUUUUAAUUGUUAUUGUUAGGUUUUUAAGAUUUAGGGUUUGGUUGUUAAAUUUUUGGGAUUUUUUCUUAUGCUAUUUGAAAGAAAGGUUGCUUAUCUGCUUGAGGUUCCGCUCAAAAUAUGAGGGUGAGGUUCUCUGCUUCUCAAGGUCAGAAAGGGGAGAGAAAAUGAGAAAGGGCUUGUUUUAUUUAUAAAAAAAUACGAUGAUUUUUAGUUUUUAAAUAUUUUAAAAGAUGUUAUGUUUUUAUUAAUUUUUUUUUUACUUGGAGUCCCCAAAGCCAAGAAAAUUGUUAGCCUAACCGUAACAAAAUUUCUAGGUCUGCCAUUGUCUGCUAUUCUCCUAAUUAAUUAUGUAAAAAAUUAAGGUGUUUUUAAUUUGAAUCUGAUACUUAACUACAAUCUGAUGACGUGGACAAACCUUCCAUCUUGCAAACGUUUGAUACUUAACUAUAAUCCGGCGAUAAAAAGUGAUCCAUGCAGAAUGAUAAAGAUAAGAAAUCUUUUUUUCUUCCGUUGUAUGAGCCAAAUUACGGUAAGAUAUAAAUGUAAUUUCUUAGUCAUCAAUUAAUCUAAGGUCUAUCAGUUACAAAUCAGCCCAGCUAAGCUUUAUACCAUGAAACCGCAACGACAAUAACUGUUAGUUUUUUUAUUUUAUAUAUAUACAAAAAGCUUGUUAAUUACUCCAAAUUUCCAAUAUGCCACCUAUUAAAGCAACUUAGCAUCCUCUCACCUGCAUAAUUUUUAUUUUUUAUUUUUAUUUGUUCCAAUGGUUGGCAGACAUAAAUAUAUAAUUUCCUACAUUUUGUAUUGUUUGUAGUUGAGACAUCGACAUAACGCAGCUAGCAGCUCACCAUCUCUCCUUUGCUUCCAAGCCAUAUUACUAUAUGGAGGAUCCCAAGGAACCUGUCUGUCAAAGCUACUUUUUUCUGAAGCCUGAAGAAGCAAGUUUCCUUGAGCUCCUUUUCCUCCUAUGUUCAUCUGAUGUGGGAAAAAGAAGAUUCAUCGAGAUCGAGUGCUCGGAAGAGGACGUGCACAACAAGGUCACAGAGUUUAGGCGCAGGUGGGUAAUCUUCAUCUCUGUUGUGCUGCAAUGGAGCUUGCUUUUCUUCAGAGACCCCUUGGCUCGGACUGGGGACGUGUUCGACAAGUGGCUGAAUCUUAUAUCAGCCAACGGUGGAUUGCUCAUGUUCUUCAUAAACCGGCUAAAAGGAAAGGUGGUGAAGCCAGAUUCAUUUACAUCCGAAUUAUCGGUGGUGGGAAAUGUUGAUUGGCGAAUUGAAUUGGACGACAACAUCAAACCUGAGGAUACAAGAUACAAAGGGGCACUGUCCAUGAUGGCUGUUAAAUGGGCGUACGAGAAUGAAGACCUCCUUAAAACAGUUGUCAAUGAUCACUGGAAGAUGAAAUUCUUGCGGUUUUACAACUGUUGGAAUGAUUACCUGGGACGAGAUUCAACACAAGCUUUCUUGUUCCAAGACACAACGUCUGACCCCAACUUGAUCGUUGUGGCAUUUAGAGGCACCGAACCAUUCGAUGCCGAUGAAUGGAGCACAGAUUUCGACAUCUCAUGGUGCGAGUUCUCUGGAGUCGGCAAGGCACACAGCGGCUUCAUGAAAGCUCUCGGCAUGCAACCAAACUACACCUGGCCCCUGGAGCUCAAAACAGAGCAAGUCAACGUUGACCAACCUCAUCGGUUUGCUUACUACACAAUCAGGAAAAAGCUGAUAGAUUUGUUGCAGGAGAACAAGAGUGCCAAGUUUAUAUUGACAGGCCACAGCUUGGGCGGGGCAUUGGCUGUGAUGUUUGUUGCUGUGCUGGCAAUGCAUGGCUAUGAGAGAGAAUAUGAGUUGUUGAUGGAGAGGUUGGAGGGGGUGUACACUUUUGGACAGCCUAGGGUGGGGGAUGCGAAAUUUGGGGGGUAUAUGAAGGAGAAGCUACAAAAGUAUGGUGUGAGGUAUAUGAGGUAUGUUUACUCCAAUGACUUGGUGGCUAGGAUACCUUAUGAUGAUAAAACUCUCUUCUUUAAGCACUUUGGACCCAGCCUCUAUUUCAACAGCUGCUAUAAAGGAAAGGUUUUGGAGGAGGAACCCAACAAGAACUACUUUAAUCCGUUGUGGGUCAUACCAAAGAGCCUGAAUGCAGUGUGGGAGCUGAUUAGGAGUUUCAUACUACCUUUGAGAAGGGGUUCGGAGUACAAGGAAGCAUGGUUUAUGAGAGCCCUUAGGGUUGUUGGUUUAAUACUUCCGGGAUUGGUGGCUCAUGCUCCUCAAGAUUAUGUCAAUCUUACACGAUUGGGAUCCCUUCCAUCACUUGCAAACCCUAAUAAUAUUAUUCCUCAAGAAAAUUCUAAAGUCGAUUGAUAUGAAAAGAUUUAUAACAGAAUUGUACGUGAAGCUCAAGUAGAUGAUUGUAUUUCCAUUUGUGCACAAGCUUUCAUGGGGUGUGAAAAAAAAAUUAACGUAGUAUAUAAUCUGAAGUCUUUGAUUUACAUA